UCGAUUGCUAUGAGUUGUAACCCUGACGAUUGGAAGAGAGAAACGUAAAAAGAACCAAAAAAAAAAGGGAACAAACAUCCUUAAUUUUGGUUAAUGUUAAGCUGAAAGUUCACUGGAACUCCAAUAUAAGGGAUGUCGAAACGCAGCGCUGAGGAUGCUGCGGCCACUGGCGGUAGCAGUUGCCUGGUGGCUGCCGCUGCUGCCGGUCAGCCGCCAAUCAAAAAGGUUCACUUCGAGCCGCAUCUAAUCGGGCCCGUCUCCACACUGGAAGAAAUGGACAUCAAAGUUCUGGAAUUCCAGAAUAAGAAGCUGGCCCAGCGCAUUGAGCAGCGAAUGCGUACCGAAGCCGAGUUGAGACAUCGAAUCGAGCAGCUGGAGAAGCGUCAGACCCAAGAUGAUGCUGUUCUCAAUGUGGUAAAUCGCUAUUGGAAUCAGCUGAACGAGGACAUACGUGUCCUGUUGCAACGAUUCGAUGCCGAGACAGCCGAUGAAUUGGAGAAUAAAAAUGAGAAUGAGGUGACCACAUCGUUUCUCACCCAACUUUCCACAUGGGACAAGGAAGAGCUCGAUGAGAAGCUCGCCAAUCGGGUACAAGUCUCGAAGAGAGCUGUGGCCAAAAUCGUUCAAGUUAUAGAUAGGUUAAUGCAAAGAAAUGAAAAGAUAACACAAGUUUUGAAGGGCGAAAAAACGCCAGCAUCUUCAUCAUCGACAACAGCGGCAGCAGCAGCUGGCGCUGGAGCUAGUGCCUCCGGUGGUGGAUCCGAUGACACAGAGCAGCCACCAUCAUCAGAUCCGGAAGCGUUGGCAUCAUGUGUUCAAGCCCUGGAGGAAACUCUGAAACAAACUCAUAUAGAAAUUAUGACCGAAAAUCGUAAAGUUCAAAAUUUAAAUACUUCGCUGCAUGAGAAAUUCCACACAAUGUCGCUGAAAAUGAAAGAAUAUCAAGAUGCCCUCACCGCCAAGGAGACGGAAAAUGCUGAACUGAAAAAUCAAAUCGAUGAGCUACAAUACGACUUGGAAAAGAUCCAUUGUCGCAAUGAUAAGCUGGAAAAUCAUUUGGCCGAAGCCAUUGAGAAGCUGAAGGCCUAUCAUCAAAUCUAUGGGGAUCCCAAUAAGACUACAACAAAUUCUUCCAAAAUGCCCACCGGCACAAGUGGUGGUGGUUCCGGCGGUGGUUCCGGCUCUGGUGGCGGCACAACCAAUGUAAAUAGCCAACAUCUCGAAGAGCUGCAAAAGGAACUCGAAGAAUAUCGUGAGUUGGCCAAUAACCGUUUGCAGGAACUGGACAAAUUGCAUGCAACACAUCGCGAGACACUCAAAGAGGUGGAGAAACUCAAGAUGGAUAUUCGCCAACUGCCCGAAUCGGUAAUUGUUGAGACCACUGAAUACAAAUGCCUGCAGUCUCAAUUCUCAGUUCUCUACAACGAGUCGAUGCAAAUCAAGACCAUGCUGGAUGAGACGCGUAAUCUGCUGCAGACAAGUAAAAAUCAACAUCUCCGGCAGAUUGAAGUGAUGGAGAGUGAAGAGCUAAUUGCCCAGAAGAAGGUACGCAGCGAGAUGAUCCAAAUGGAGGAUGUCCUGGCUCUCAUACGCAAGGAGUACGAAGCCUUACGCAUAGAAUUCGAACAGAAUAUGGCAGCCAAUGAGCAGACGGCUCCGAUUAAUCGGGAGAUGAGGCAUUUGAUAACCUCGCUCCAGAAUCACAAUGGCCAGCUGAAGGGGGAAGUGCAGCGCUAUAAACGCAAAUACAAAGAUACUUCCACGGAUAAUGUGAAGCUGCGCAAAGAGCUGGAUGACGCCUUGGCCAAAUUGGACAACAAUAAAUCCCAAUCCUCGGCCGGUGGCAGCGAAGAGGUCAAACAGGAAUUGGGUCUAGCAAAUGUAAAGGAGGAGAACAUGAAUAGUUCAUCAUAUUGCCAAGAUCCGGGCAGUGAUUCGAACAUGGCCAUUAAGGAGGAAAAUUCGGCAUCAGCUGAAGAUGAGGCUGACGAUGAUUGCAGCAGCAAGGAUGUGAAAGAUGGCAUAAAACAAGAGAAACUGCAGACUAACAGCGAGAAUAUGAAUGAGAAAAAAGAUUCACCGGGUCCAGCUAAUUCGACACAAGCAGCAGGUUCGGCAAAUGCCACAGCGAAUGCUGGCGGAGCCACGCCAGCUGCUGGUGCGGGUGCUGGUGGUGGUGGUGGAGGAGGCGCUGGAGGAGGUGGCAGUGCUGGGGCAGCAGGAGCUAAUGUCAAAACGGAAAAGGACUCGAAGGAGGGUGUCAAAGCCAAGGAAUUGAAGGCAGUCGAAAGUGAAACUGUUCGUGACCUAAAGGCCCAAUUGAAAAAAGCUUUGAAUGACCAAAAGGAAAUGAAGCUGUUACUGGAUAUGUACAAAGGUGUCUCCAAGGAUCAACGCGAUAAGGUCCAACUGAUGGCCACUGAGAAGAAAUUACGCUCCGAGAUAGAAGAUUUGCGGCAGCAAUUGAAAAAGCUGCAGGAAAGCAAACGAGAGGAGCGCAAAAAACUGGCCGAUGAGGAGGCCUUGCGCAAGAUCAAGCAACUGGAGGAGCAAAAAUAUGAACUACAAAAACAGGUGGCCAAUCACAAGCCCUCGGAGAAUGCUUGGAGUGGUGCCGGGGGUCCAGCCGGUGGGCCAGGUGGAGCCGGAGCCAAUUAUAGUCGACCCUUUGUCGGCUCACAUGAGGAGGAGGCCCUGCUUAAUGAGAUGGAGGUGACAGGUCAAGCAUUCGAGGAUAUGCAAGAGCAGAAUUCCAGAUUAAUUCAACAACUGAGAGAGAAAGAUGAUGCCAAUUUCAAAUUGAUGUCCGAGCGGAUAAAAGCCAAUCAAUUGCAUAAACUGCUGAGGGAGGAGAAGACGGUAUUGGAGGAUCAAAUGGCCACGGCCACAACUCAAAUCGAAGCCAUGCAUAUUGUCCUGCGUAAGCUGGAGGAGAAGGAACGCAGCUUACAGGCCACUGUGGCGUCCAUUGAGAAAGAGUUGAUGCUCCGGCAACAGGCAAUGGAAAUGCAUAAACGCAAGGCCAUCGAAUCGGCACAAUCGGCGGCCGAUUUGAAAUUGCAUCUCGAAAAGUAUCACGCACAGAUGAAGGAGGCCCAACAGGUGGUGGCGGAAAAGACCAGCUCCCUUGAGGCGGAGGCCUACAAGACGAAACGCCUUCAGGAGGAAUUGGCCCAAUUCAAACGCAAAGCGGAACGCAUGAAGAAAAUGGAAAUGUCCGGCACCACCAUCGAUGAGGUGAUGAUCGAAGAGAUUCGCGAGUAUAAAGAAACUCUCACAUGUCCUUCCUGCAAGGUCAAACGCAAGGAUGCUGUCCUAUCCAAAUGUUUCCAUGUCUUCUGCUAUGACUGCCUCCGCACCAGAUACGAGACGCGGCAGCGCAAAUGCCCUAAAUGUAACUGCGCCUUUGGCGCAAAUGAUUAUCAUAGGCUAUAUCUCCAGUAAAUUUAACUCAUUUAAUAUGUAUAUAUAUAUAUAUAAAACGCCUAUAUAUAUAUAUAUAUUAAUCCUUAUUUCUAUCUUGGUAUAAAUCAUUGCAGCAUUAGCAAGUUUCACUAUCCCAUUCAUUUCUUGAAAAACAACACGAAAAAAACACUUCAUUUUCAUGAGUCAAUUUUUUUUUCCAACCACCCCCCCCCCCCCUCUCAUAUGAGACACAAGUUCAGUUCUAUCGGUUUAUACAAAUAUAUAUAUAUUAUAUAUAGCUUUUAGUUUUUUGUAAAUCAAACUUUAAUUUUAAAGAAACGAUCUAAUUUUUGGAAACUAAAUGUUCGAAAAACAACUAAAUAAAUGGCUAAAAAAUAUUAAGUUUAGUAUA